CAAUGAAGUAAAGUAUUUCCUUGUUUAGUUUAAUUUUAUUGUCAUAUGGUAUUGUCGAUAACCUUUCAAUAUGCCGAUAAAUAGUAAUGAAAACGGUGAAAGAUUGAAAGAAGACAUUUUUGAGGAGCAAGAUAAACAAAUAAUUAAAACUACUGAAGAAACCAUCAAGAGUAAUUCGAAAGAUCAAAGAAAACGUUCUGAAAAGCUUAAAGAGGAGCAAAUAACUGAAAGCCUCAAUGAGAAAGUAGUUGAAGAAGAAACUACGUUUCAAACACCCAAAGCAAUUACUUCAAUUAAACAAGAUGCUGAACUUCCUAAAAGUGAGAAACACAAAAAGACGAAUGGAAAAAAGAAACGAGAAUAUUAUGCUACAAUUCUUUUAGGUGUAACGUACUUAACAGAAUGUCCAGCUCAGAAUAAGGUGCCAAUAUUUUUGAUAAUUGGGGGUAUAGGACUUUUUAUCGAGACCAUACUUUUUGCCACUAAUAGAUUUAUAGAAAAUUUUAAAAAAAGGAAGACAUAUUUAAAGAUUCCUCUUAUAACACUACUGAUAUUUCUGUUGUCUUGGUUUAUUUUAGGUUGCGUGUGGGUGUACAAAAUGUAUCCACCCGUUUACGACGAUAAAUACGAUAAGCAAUAUUGCAACAAGAAACUCUACCUAUUUACACUUUGGAUGAUUAAUUCGGUGUUUAUUUCGGCGAUUGUUUACAUCGGAUUAGUUUGCUUUGUCACUACUAUUUUAAUGAUAUUUGUUCAUAAAAAAGAAAUUAUUUCAUAGUUUGUUACUGAUUUAUCUCAUUUCGUCUCU